UGCCAAGUCGCCUCGGACUUAUUAUCAUAGCGAGGUGGACUUUUGUGACAGCCCCGUAUCACUCGUCCCAACGCGGCAACGCCUCCGUGGGGCCCAACCAACUGAACAGUCCAAAUGUGAAGAGGCCAUCGUCCUCAACACAACUAUUUGUCAGCGCGGAGGACGCAGUGAUUAGAAAUCAGGCUCACCUAGAGCUUGUAUAUCAUUCGAGCAUUCUGGCUGGGUGUCUAGGUAUAAGCCAGUCACCCCAGCACACCACUUGCGGACGCUAGCACGAUAUUAUAUAGUCUUUGCAUUUUUACAUAAUCUUUGUAUUUCUGUGGCUCUGACUCGGCAAACUAACACAUCCAGCCAGCCUUAUCACUAUACAACUGUGUAUCAUGGCAGACGGCGGAGAAAACCCUCCCCGGCUAGAAUCAAACGAUGAUUGCCUCGACAGCUCCGGGCCGCCCUCGGCAAAGACCGAGGAGGCUCUUGAUCAUACCCCCCAAGGCGCCUCCGAUUCGCCCAGGUCCGUUCACGGAGCAAAGUGGGUUCUUGUCGUAAUUGCCCUCCUCUCGGUGCUUUUCCUCUACGCCCUCGACAACACUGUUGUCGCCAACGUUCAGUCAAAAGUGGUCGAGACAUUUGGCAGUGUUGAGCUCGUGCCCUGGCUCGGUGUCUCCUUUGCACUCGGGUCUGCCGCCUCAACACUGUCUUGGUCAAAGGCGUACGGCACGUUUGCUGCCAAGAAGCUGUUCAUCGGGAGCACUGCGCUGUUUAUGGGGGCGUCGGCACUCUGCGGCGGCGCCCCCAGCAUCAAGGCGUUCAUUGUGGGAAGAGCUAUUGCCGGCAUUGGAGGCUGCGGCAUGUACAUGGGCUUGGUGACCUUGCUCUCCGUGACAACGACCAACGCGGAACGGCCGACCUACUUGAGUCUCCUUGGCUUCAUCUGGGGCAUCGGCACUGUGCUCGGCCCCGUCAUCGGGGGCUCCCUGGGCGAUAGUGCAGCUACCUGGCGCUGGGCCUUUUACCUGAAUCUGUUGGUCGGUGCUGUCGCUGCACCCGUCUACUUCAUUCUGCUGCCCGACUUCAAGCCCCAGCAAGGUGUACCUCUUCUCUCACGCUUUGCCCAAAUCGACUAUCUGGGCACGCUGCUGUCUGUGGGGUCCCUCGUCUGCAUCAUCAUGGCCAUGAACCUGGGCGGUGUGCUCUGGGACUGGAGCUCCGCCACUAGCAUUGGCCUGCUUGUGGCGUCGGGGGUCUUGGCUAUCCUCUUCGUUUUGCAGCAAUGCUUUUACUUUGGGACUUCGAGGGACAACCGACUGUUCCCGAUGCACUUCUGGAGGAGCCGCUCUAUGAUUGCUCUCUUCUUGACCAUGAUGCUUGCGACUUUUGGCAGCUUCAUUUCGAUUUAUUACCUGCCCCUUUAUUACCAGUUUACUCGCGGCGCGUCCGCACUCGAGACCUCGGUCCAUCUCUUGCCAUUUAUUCUCUUUCUUGUAGCCUUCAACCUACUCAACGGACAGUUCAUGGGCAAGACGGGCUACUAUUAUCCAUGGUACAUCGCAGGCGCGGCCUUGGAGCUUAUUGGUGGCGUUCUUCUCUACACGGUAGAUGAGCAUACAUCGAAUGCCAAGGUCUAUGGCUAUACGAUCAUCCUAGGUACAGGCGUCGGCUGUUUCUGCCAGGCUGGCUUUGCCGUCGCGCAGAUGAAAGUCGAGCCGUCCGAAAUCCCGUACUGUGUAGGCUUCAUCACAAUGGGCCAGAUGUUGGGAAUUGUGUUUGGCACAGGCCUGGCAGGCGCAAUUUUCGUCAACCGCUCGGAACAGGCUCUCGCGGUCGUGUUCCCAAAUGCCUCCAAGCAAGAAAUCUCCGACGCCAUAGCGGGCGUGGCCAGCACCUUAAUCACCUCGGCGCCUUCAGAGGUCCAGGCACAGGCCAUUCACGGCAUCACCAGGGCCAUCCAGCUGGCGUUCGUCCCGAUCAUCGCCGCCGGAUCCAUUUGCCUUAUCUGCAGCCUGGCCAUGAAGAAGGAGAAACUGUUCACUGAGAAAGGACAGAGUGCCGCGAUGGGAGGGUGAGCAUCUAACUGCGUCCUGUGGGCUGGGCCUGUCAUUCUUUAAACAUACCGUGCUUUAUUGACCAUAAGAGACGGUCACUAUGACCUUCAUUCACUAUUCAGUAGUUUCUCAUCACUAGACAGACCUAUAGAAAAGAGAUUUAUAAAGGAGAUCAGGUAUUCACAUCGAGAAGAACGGAAAAUACAUUGGCAUAUCGUUAA